AGCCCCGCGCCGGCCGCAGCCAUGUCGCUGGUGAUCCCCGAGAAGUUCCAGCACAUCCUGCGGGUGCUGAACACCAACAUCGACGGGCGGCGCAAGAUCGCCUUCGCCAUCACCGCCAUCAAGGGCGUGGGGCGGCGCUACGCCCACGUGGUGCUGCGCAAGGCCGACAUCGACCUGACCAAACGCGCCGGGGAGCUCACCGAGGACGAGGUGGAGAGGGUGAUCACCAUCAUGCAGAACCCGCGGCAGUACAAAAUCCCCGACUGGUUCCUCAACAGGCAGAAGGACGUCAAGGACGGCAAAUACUCCCAGGUCCUGGCCAACGGGCUGGACAACAAACUGCGGGAGGACCUGGAGCGGCUGAAGAAGAUCCGCGCCCACCGGGGCCUGCGCCACUUCUGGGGGCUGCGCGUGCGGGGGCAGCACACCAAAACCACCGGGCGGCGCGGCAGAACCGUCGGCGUCUCCAAGAAAAAAUGAGGGAAAAAAGAGGAAAUUUGGGAAUUCCGGGAAUCCGGGAAUAAAAAUAAUGGAGAAUUUGGA